UUGUCCUUCCAGGAUCCCAUCUAUGGAUUCCUCGGUGCCCUCGCAGCCAGACUGCUCUACAGGUGGACCCGCCGCUUGACUUCAUGACAGGGAGAUAGCUCGCGGACCCGUGCGCGCGCCGCCGUCUUCCAGGUGGGAUGUCUGAGGAAACUUGCGGGGAAGAGUCGGGCAGCUCCCCCGUCUCUCCUGUGGACAGCCUGAGCAACAGCGAGGGGGAGCUGGACCGACAGCCGAAGAGAUGUGGGAGGAAGAGGAGACCGAGCAGGAAGAGCGGGGAGGACUCGGAUAGCCCGACCCCUGGGAAAAGAGGGAAGAAGUCCAGCAGCAGCAGCCCCCAGUCUUUCGAGGAGCUCCAGUCGCAGCGCGUCAUGGCCAACGUCCGGGAGCGCCAGAGGACGCAGUCCCUCAACGAGGCGUUCGCGGCUCUGCGCAAGAUCAUCCCCACGCUGCCCUCGGACAAGCUCAGCAAGAUACAGACGCUGAAACUCGCGGCCAGAUACAUCGACUUCCUCUGCCAGGUGCUGCAGAGCGACGAGCUGGACUCCAAAAUGUCAAGCUGCAGUUAUGUGGCGCACGAGAGGCUGAGCUACGCCUUCUCCGUGUGGAGGAUGGAGGGCGCCUGGUCCAUGUCAACAUCUCACUAACAUCUGGAGAAAUUAUGCCCACAAUGGUGACUGCUGAAUCUACUUAUCACAUUCUGAAGGGACAAAUCUGGAGUCCAAUGCUGGAUACAUAGGAUCACUAAGAAAACCGAGACAGCAGAGGCUGUGGGGAUGGUUCUCAGAGGCCUGAAGGGCUGGAUGGAGACCUGCAGCCGCGGGUCAGCUCUCUGCACCCCGCUCUCAUCUGCUCUCACGUUGCUGACGACGAAUGUGUAACAUUUUUUUUUUUUGUUUUUCUUAAAACAAUUUGGUUAAUGCAUGCAUUUGGGCUUUUUCUAUGAGGUCAAAGUGCAUUCUGGAUUUUGUAUUUUUUUUUUUUUGGGUGUGAGACUGUCAACUGGUGGUGUAGCUCACAUUACAGGCUGACUGUGUGGAUCUAACCUGUGCAAAAAAUAUGUUCAGAAUACAUUUAUUUAUUUAUUGGUGAAAUACAUUGAGGAAUAGAUCCUGUGUCUUAAAUACAAAUACAUUCCUAUUUUUAU